GUUCACGGAUCUCUUGCCCGUGCUGGCAAAGUCAAAUCACAAACACCAAAGGUUGAAGCCCAGGAGAAGAAAAAGACACCCAAGGGCCGCGCCAAGAAGCGUGUUCUAUACAACCGUCGAUUCGUCAAUGUGACGACUCUACCUGGAGGCAAACGACGAAUGUGA